AUGUUCAGUGGAGGUGAAACACUCGACGAUAGGCAUCUCAUCCAACUUACAGAAGUAGUCGGCCCACUUCUCGAAGAGAUGUUCUGUGCCUGGAGACGAGGGUCCCGCUAUUUUGAAUCUAGCUCUAAAAGAAUCUAUGGUGCCGAGGAUGAGGAAGUCCUGGACAGAGGUCUAUCUUCACCGGGGGAGACGUACGACAGCGACGACGGGGGUUCCGAGUUGGGUGAUAGUGAUUCUACCUUAUUUGACAAUAAUGCUGGUAGUGCCGAAGAUAUAUUAGCCAGUAUACAGCUCAACAUACCUUUAGAAGCCAUGUAUUUUAAGAAAAGGCUAGAGGAUUCAAUUAACAGCGAAGAGCAGUAG